AAGUCAUUGCCUGGUAGUUUGAAAUCAUUCGUCUUGUCUCAUAAUCGAAUUCCGUUUCUUACAUUGUUCGAAGAUGGGAGUCGACAUCAAUAGCGAUCACAUUGAGGACGUCGCUGGUUCCAACAAUACCGAUAACCUUGACGCCAGCGACUAUGCAGCUCCUGAGAUUCAGAAGGAAACUCAAGUCCUCCAUGAUCCGGAAUAUCUGCAGGCUCAGAAGAGAUAUUUGUGGAAACUUGACUGCAUAAUCCUACCUACAAUAUCUGUUCUGUAUUUCUUCGAGUAUCUCGAUCGUGGAAAUAUUGCGAAUGCAAAAAUCCUUGGUCUCAAUACUGGUCGAGCGACUAGCCAAGAGGGAGUUGGUUCUGGUAAGAAAAGUCUUUCCGGUACACAAUGGCAGACGGUUAUUAUGAUCUUCUACGUGGGUCUUGUUUUGUGUCAAAUUCCAGGGUGUAUAGGAUAUCGCGUAUUCCCUCCUUCCAAGUGGAUUGCGUUUGGUGUCUGUGGUUGGGCCAUGACAAGUCUACUCCAAGAUGCCGCACUCAAUUAUGCUGGCUUGCUGGUCUGUCGUGUGUUCCUUGGGGUAUUUGAAGGGCUUUUUGGUACUGGUAUUGUCUACUACCUGAGUCUGUGGUAUCAUCGAAGUGAAAUGGGUGUACGAGUCUUUUGGUUUCUUGGACCAACUGCUAUUGCUGGAGCAUUCGGCGGUCUCAUUGCGUUCGGCGUUGGACAUAUCAAGAGCUCUGUGACUCCGUGGAAGUGGCUCUUUCUGAUCGAAGCACUGCCAUGCUUCCUGCUUGGGUUGUUCUGCCUCUACUGGCUUCCAGAUCGACCAUUGAGCAAUUCCAGAUUCAAGGGGAUUAACCAAGAGAUCGCGCAAGCACGAUACCAUAGCGAAGCAUUUGACAAAGCUGGGGCUAUCAAGAAGAAACACGUCAUAUGGACUUUGAAAGACUGGCGAUUAUAUGCCCAAGCAUCAAUCUAUCUUCCAACAGCAGCCCUGCUUGCUUCAAUCUCUGGAUUUCUUCCAACUAUCGUCGCAAAUCUGGGCUAUGAGGGGUCGAAAGCCAAUCUCAUGACCGUGCCACCAUAUGUUUGCGCUUUCCUAGUAAUGUACGGCGUAUCUUGGAACUCAGAUAGAGUCAAGGAGAGGGGAAUUCAUAUUUCUGUUCUUAUGGUGAUUGCCGCCGUCAUGUAUGCGCUGCUGGCAACUCUUCCAGAGUCCCAGCUGCAUGGAAAAUAUGCAUGCAUGUGUAUAGCAGUCGCAUGUGUAUACGCAACUUACCCUCCUUCUCAUGCAUGGGCAGCAAAUAAUUUCGGAAACGAGACAAAACGUGCCAUUGGAAUGGGAGUGUAUACCGCUAUAGGAAAUCUUGGAUCGAUUGCUGGUACCUGGGUAUAUCCGGCAAACGAAGCCCCGCAAUUUCAGGAAGGGCAUUUCAUUUGCAUGGCACUCUCUCUUGCUACCGCGAUGCUGGCCUUGAGCAACAGUUUAUUGCUUGGGGCGAUCAAUCGAUAUCGAGACAAGAAACAUGGAAAGCCUGUCUCAGGAGCAAGUAUCGAUGUCACGGAAUUAGCUGAUGAGAGUCCUCACUUUCGAUUCUUCACUUAAGACAAUCGCUGUAAUAUCAAGGCUAUAGCACCCAGUAAGGUGCAUCUUACGAAAUUUACUUUCUUUAAAUGGAG